AUGGUUUUAGGUUCAGGGAUCUACGCGAAGAGGGUGAUAGUUGAUGCAAGGCACUGCAUGUUGGGAAGGUUAGCUUCCAUUUUAGCCAAAGAGUUAUUGAACUGUCAAAAGGUUGUCGUCGUUAGAUGCGAAGAGAUAUGCAUGUCUGGUGGUCUCGUCAGGCAUAAGAUGAAGUACAUGAGGUACUUGAGGAAGUGUAUGAGCACCAAACCUUCUCAUGGUCCCAUCCACUUUCGUGCUCCUUCUAAGAUCCUCUGGAGUACUAUUCGUGGAGAGAACUACAAUCGUCCAUCGCGAGUCUCGGUGAAGGGAGACAAGAUCCAUGACGAGGAGAGUGAGGAGAGUUCGAUGGUGUAA